UUCACUUUAAAUCCUUUGAUCACUAAGACCAUGUUCACCUGUCUCUGGAGUGCAGCUUCCUGGAUUCCCCUCCUGGUUAGAGUAGCAGGAUUACAUAAGUCUCUUUUUAAACUUUAACUUAAUAAACUGUGCAGAGGAGAAGAAAGAGACAUGGCGCUGUGUGUUGACAGAGCACGUUUCCUCCUCAGAUACAGAAGUGACUUUCAACGAGCCAUGACAGCGACUCGGCCGUACUGCAGCUCUUCUGAGGCGUCAGGCAGGCAGCGUGUUAACGGAGUGGAUCUGUACUACGAGCAGACAGGCGGAGGGAAACACGCUCUGCUUCUGCUUCCUGGUGCUCUCGGAAGCACUCGGACUGAUUUUGGCCCUCAGCUGAAGUCUCUGAACAAGGAACGCUUCACUGUGAUUGGCUGGGAUCCUCGUGGUUAUGGACGGUCCCGCCCCCCAGACAGAGACUUCCCUCUGGACUUCUUCGAGAGGGAUGCAAAGGAUGCAGUGGAUCUGAUGAAGGCAUUGGGCUUUGGAAAGUUCUCUCUGCUUGGCUGGAGUGACGGAGGGAUCACAGCUCUGAUCGCAGCAGCGAGGUACCCUGACCUGAUCAACAGGAUGGUCGUUUGGGGAGCGAAUGCCUUCGUCACCCAGCACGACCUCCAGCUUUACGAGGGGAUCCGUGAUGUCUUCAAGUGGAGUGCGAGGAUGAGGCAGCCCUUGGAGGAGGUGUACGGAGUGGAAACAUUCGCUAAAAACUGGGGGGCGUGGGUGGAUGGAUUUGCGCAGUUUUCAAAGAGACCAGAAGGGAGUAUCUGCAUUGAGCAGCUUCCUCUAAUCCGCUGUCCGACCCUCAUCGUCCAAGGAGAGAAAGACCCCAUAGUGCCAAACUCUCAUGCACAUUUCCUCUCUAAGCACAUCAAAGGAUCACGAUUACACCUGAUGCCAGAAGGUAAACACAACCUGCACCUGAGAUAUGCCGAUGAAUUCAACAAACUGGCCGAAGACUUCCUGGAAGACGGAGCGACGAAUUAACGCUGUGAAAUAAAGAACCGAUCGUUUUGUAGAGAAAGAACCAGGUGACCAGUCGUCGCUUGGAAAUGAUCACACUAAGAGAAGAAAUGCUUUCAGUAAUUUAAAUUCUAUUUCCAUCAUGCUCACAUGUAUAAUGUGAAACAUUUUCAUUGCUUUCUAUAAGAUGUUUUUUUCCUACAAAUAAAUUUGUAUAAAGCGA